CUAGAAACCUACUAAUUCUUUGCAAAAAAGGUCUGAAUUUAUACUGUGUACGGAGAAGAAAAAAAUAUGUUGUUCUAAAAAGUACUUAAUUAGAGGCGUGGAAAGUUAAUAAAAUUAUAAAAUAUAUUAAGAAAUAGAUAAAGCCAACGUUUAGGUCUUCAGCAGGCAACAACAAGAAAAUAACUUCCACUAACAAGUGUCACAAAUAAAUUGCAAAAUAUGGAUCGCAAAGCGGAAUUAGAACGCAAAAAGGCCAGAUUGGCCGCUUUGCGUGAAGAAAAGGAUAGACGUCGCCGUGAAAAGGAAAUGAAAGACAUGGAAGAGCUUGCUGUGCGAAAUAAUGAUAAGGAUCAACGAAAAGACUUGGAUGAAAUGCUUUCAUCAUUGGGCGUUGCACCAGUUUCCGAAGUUUUGACUUCGUUGUCUUCAGUGAAUUCAUUAAACUCAGAUAAUUCUAAUACCCAAACACCAGAUGCCAGUUUACAAACAAAUAUGAACGGACCCAGUGCUGGCAAAAAACCCUUAAAUUUGAGUGUUUAUAAUGUCCAGGCCACUAACAUUCCCCCAAAAGAAACUCUUACCUAUUCUAAGCAAACACAAACACAAAGCACCGGUGGUCAUGAUCGUGAUGUUCUUUCUUGCCACUCCUCACCUCUGUCAGGAUAUAUGGAGGAUUGGUGGAGACCACGCAAAGCUCAUACUACGGACUAUUAUGAUGAAUACAAUCUAAAUCCGGGUUUAGAAUGGGAGGAUGAGUUCACAGGAGAUGACGAAGAGAGUUCGCUGCCACAUUUGGACGGUUUCACUUCUAAAUUGCCACCUGGCUAUUUGACGCAUGGUUUGCCAACGGUAAAGGAUGUUGCCCCAGCCAUUACGCCCCUGGAACAAAAGAAGGAGCAAGAGGAAAAGAAAGAGAUCAAGGAACUUUCAGAGGAACAGAAACAAAUGAUCAUCCUGUCGGAGGACUUCCAAAGGUUUGUAUUACGCGCUGGCCGUAUUAUGGAGAGAGCCUUGUCAGAGAAUGUUGAUAUUUAUACGGAUUACAUUCGUAUUGGCGAUAAUGAGGAGGCUAACGAUGAGAAAUCGCAUGCACGUCUGUCGUUGAAUCGUGUAUUCUAUGAUGAUCGCUGGUCGAAAAAUCGUUGCAUUACAUGCAUGGAUUGGUCUUCACAUUUCCCCGAAUUGGUAGUGGCUUCCUAUCACAACAAUGAGGAAAGCCCCAAUGAACCGGAUGGUGUUGUUAUGGUUUGGAAUACUAAAUUUAAGAAACACACUCCCGAAGAUGUUUUCCAUUGUCAGAGUGCAGUUAUGUCAACAUGUUUUGCUAAAUUCAAUCCCAAUUUAAUUCUGGGUGGUACUUAUUCCGGUCAAGUGGUUCUCUGGGAUAAUCGUGUCCAAAAACGUACACCCAUACAACGUACACCACUGAGUGCUGCAGCUCACACCCAUCCCGUGUAUUGUCUACAAAUGGUCGGAACACAAAAUGCUCAUAAUGUCAUUUCCAUUUCAUCGGAUGGUAAAUUAUGUUCGUGGAGUUUGGAUAUGUUGUCAUUGCCUCAGGAUACAAUGGAACUUCAACAGAGUCAAAAGAAAGCCAUAGCCAUUACAUGUAUGGCCUUUCCGGCAAAUGAGAUCAAUAGUUUGGUAAUGGGCAGCGAAGAUGGUUAUGUGUAUUCAGCCUCUCGUCAUGGUCUGAGAUCUGGUGUAAAUGAAACAUUUGAAAAGCAUAUCGGUCCGGUUACAGGCAUUUCAACACAUUACAAUCAAUCCUCGCCCGAUUUCAGUCACUUGUUCCUUACCUCAUCCAUUGAUUGGACAAUCAAGCUAUGGUCAUUGAAAGAUAACAAACCAUUGUAUUCGUUUGAAGACAAUUCGGACUAUGUUAUGGAUGUAGCAUGGUCUCCCGUUCAUCCGGCAUUGUUUGCUGCUGUCGAUGGUAGCGGUCGUCUAGAUUUAUGGAAUUUAAAUCAAGACACCGAAGUACCCACGGCAUCAGUUGUUGUAGACCAUGCACCGGCAUUGAAUCGUGUAUCAUGGAUGCCAAAUGGCCAGCAUGUAUGUGUGGGCGAUGACAGUGGUCGCCUGCAUGUUUACGAUGUGGCUGAUCAUUUGGCACAGCCAUCUAGGGAUGAAUGGUCUAGAUUUAAUGCUACACUAAAUGAGCUCAAAAUGAAUCAAAGCGAUGAGGUUUAGAUGUAGAUCCAUAUAGACACAAAACCUAGAACUUUCUGAUUAUUUAAAAUAUAAUAAAAAGAAGUCAGAAGUUCUAAAACCCACAACAACAACAAUUCUAUUUACAGCUUUAAAAGACUAUAAAGUUGUUCAAAUGGCAAUUUUACUUUCAAAAUAUUUUUUUGUAUUUUUGCUUUUCCCCCCCUUCGCUGUUUUUUUUCCUUUGCAUCUCUAAAGCCUUUGUAUCUCUUCUUUUGUAUUGUAACAUUAACCCUCUUAGUCACGAAACAAUUAAGUCCUUUUUAGAAAUAAUUUGUAUUUGAUUUAUUUACCUUUCCCAUUCUCCUUCUUUAAGUAUUAUAAGUUCAUUACAAAUGAAGGUUUACUGUAUUAAAUCAAAUAAAAUCUAUGAUAAAUUUGUUAAACAAUUGUAUUUAUGUUUUUGAUACAAACUUUAUUUAACAUCGACUUUUUUUAAAAACUCAAGAGAGAUAUUUCGUUGAUUUGUUUUUUAACUUUUAAACAAUUUUUAUGGUAUUAUUUAUACACAAACUACUAUUUGGCUAAACUAUUUGUUAAUAUAAACAAGUAAAUUCAAUUUAAACAACAAUCGAACGUGGUUAUAAAGAGUAUUGCUUUCAAUUUGUGUUAAAUUGAUACAAAUUCCUACAAGAUGGAUUGGUUUAUAAUGUACUAAAGCAAGAAAUGUAUUGCAAAAGUUCUUUAUAACCCUGUUUGAUUGUUUAUAAAUAAAAAAAUAUAACAACCACAGCAACACUCAAACCCUUACAAAAUCAAUCUGAAAUUUAUGGCAGUUUUCUUAAAGAAUAAUUAUUAAUGAUAGUUAAAAUAAAGAUGUGUACGAUUGUCUCCCUAAAGCAAAUUGGCAUAUUUAAAAUAACAACAAGAACAACUAUAUGAAUUAAAGUAGAUGUGUAACAAGCGUACAUACGAGUAUACACAUAUUAUUAAAAAAAUGAUGAAGUAUACAUCCAUAUAACAUAUAUUUAUUGAAAAUAAUCUAUUGAGAAUAUACAUUAAAAAUUUAUUGGAAAUAUGAAA